UCUCGUCACGCCUGUCAACGGGUUGUAGACCUGAGGCGGACAAACUGGAAUGCUGCUGCAGCAGUUCUCACUUCAGCUUCCACAACUCGAGCUCCUGAUGACGGCAGGAGGAGGUGCUUUGGGCUAUGGAGAGCGCCAGCAGCACAACGCGGAAACUCCUCCUGUCUCCACGAGGCCAAAACCGUCGUUGCUAGAUGGCGAAACCGUCACCAACGUGGUGAAACCGAUCGGUUACGUGCUGGCAAGGAAGCGUAGUGGCGGAGGCGAGUUCCACGGAGCGUUACACAUCACCAACUUCAGGUUGAUCCUGCAGCGCACAGGGGCCGGCAAGGACGCCUUCGGGCGAGAUGACCCCUCGCUCCAGUGGGUUUCGUUUCCGAUGGGCUGCAUCAAGGACGUCACACAGGCCGACGAUGAUCGUCUCGCCAUCACGAUUACGGCAAAGGACCUUCGGAGCUGCCGCAUGCGGUUCCUCUCCAACAACGCUCUCUUCGUCUCAACUCUCACGCAGAUCAUUGGGUCCAUGGCUGCCUUCACGCAAGGCUCUCCGGAGAGGUCGUUCGCGAUUUGUCACGCCGCUGCAGUUGACAGGAGACGCUGUGCAGAUGACGCCGCAAAAUUGCGCGAGAGCCGUGCAGUUGGUGGCAACGGGCGUGUUGGCAAUGCUGCGGCUGCGGCUGCGGCUGCUGCUGCGGCUGCCCGUGCCGACAACAGUCUGGACGGAUGGCUUGUCUACGAUGAGGAAUCAGACUUUGUUCGGCAGGGGGUCAUCAAACCCAAGUCUCUCGACUCAUGUGCCGAGGACGCUCGUCUACUGAGCUUGUUCGGCAACAAGGGCAAGCCGGAAGAGACGACGCUGCGGGCAGCAGCACCACCACCAACAACAACAACAGACACUCCAAGUACGCCCACCGCGCCCAUCAGCAGCAGCACCAGCAGCACCAGCCGUCGUCGCGCGAGAGCCUCGACAUCGCUGCCACCGGGGUUGCGCGGCAAUCGCAGGAGCACCAUCGGUGGGGGGGUGUGUGCGCGCGCCGGCGAAACGACUCCACGCCUCAAAGCAGCCGAUGAGAACACCGGUAGCAGCACCGAAGGCGCCGUUGCGAAGCAAGGGGGUGACCGAGGAACCAAACCCGCCGCCGCCGCCGCCGCCGCCGCGGGGAAGACGAAAGAACCAAGAGCAGAAAGCGGGGAAUCGUUUCUGGAUGCCUUGUCUUCCUGGACGCCUCCGUGGUCUACCACCAAGGUCGCCGUGCAGCAGACCCAGCCGGGCCACCAGAGCCCUGCGAGCCACGACGAGGGCCUAACGCCGCCGAAGAAGGAGCCGGGGGCUCCGCCCGACUUGCCGUCUCUUGACCACGCCGCCGGCGGCGGCGGCGGCCAACGGCAGGUCGAAACGAAGCAGCCGAGGGCGGAAACCGAGGAGCGGCGGAGAGCGGAGGCCCGCAGCUCGGAACGAGUAGGGUCGGAGGAGUCAGCAUUCCACGGAGCGUGCGCUUCGCCGGCCGGGACGGCGGCGGGGGGCAAGGGGAUUGAGAAGCCGGGUUCGGGGAAGGCGCCGCGGCUGUGCCUGCUGGACGCCAGAACAGCUGUGGCGGCCUUAGGAAACAAGCUGGUCGGCAAAGGGAUCGAAACGGGCGCGGGGUACGGGAAUUCUACACAGCUGGUGUUUUCGGGCAUCGGAAACGUGCACGCCGUGAAAGACGCAUUCGAGGAACUCAGAGACUCCCUCGACCCCGUUAAAGUGGAGUCGAAGAUGGACCGGUGGAAGGAGGACUCCGCCAAGAUGGUCGCGAAGAAGAUGUCUCGAAGCCUGGGGUUCGCGAGGAUGAUGGACCUGAAGUACGCCUUGGGAGACCAGCUUGGAGGAGAUGAGCUCGAGGAAACACCUCCGUACACGCUGUGGCCCCGGCUGCUGAAACAGAUCUUGGGCGCGAGCUUGUUGGCGGCUCGGCUCUUGCGCCUCGACGGGUGCUCCGUGCUGGUGCACUGCAGCGACGGCUGGGACCGAACCCCGCAGAUUUGUGCCACGGUGGAGCUCCUGCUGGACCCGCACUACCGCACUCUGGAGGGGUUUUGCACCCUCGUCGAGAAGGAAUGGCUCAGCUAUGGCCACAAGUUCUGGGCCCGGUGCAUGGGCGGCAACAACGAGCAAGAGAUGGUAGAGGGAGCAGCUGCGGCGACUGGGGCGGAACUCGGCGAUGAUCCUUCCGCCAUGCGCUCCAUGAAGGACUUCGUGGGGGGGCAAGUGAGGGAGUAUGCCGAGCUGAGCCCCGUGUUCCUGCAGUUUCUGGACCUGGUGCACAACCUCCUGGCGCAGUUCCCCACGGCGUUCGAGAUAUCGGAGGGGUUGCUGACUUUCGUUGCGGAGCACACCUUCAGUGGGCUCUACGGCACGUUCUUGUGCGACACGGAGCAGCACCGAUCCCGCCUCAAGAUCAAGCAGAGAACCAUCAGCGUUUGGACAACCGUGCUCAACAACAGGGAAGCCUUCGUAAACGCCAACUACAGGGAAACCCCGGAGCCGCUGUGGCCGUCCCUGGCCCCCAGUAAGAUCCGACUGUGGGAGCGACACCAUUGCCGAGUGCCGUACAUGAGGCCCCACCACCUGUCGAGCACCGAUAUGUGGGACGACAACAUCACGUUCACCUGCCGCCUUGAGCGAGGGGAAUGCCACCUGGGAUUUCAACAAGGGGACGGGGACAAGAAAGCGUCCUCUUCGUAACGUGUGUCUUGCAUAUAAUGGUGCCGAUAUUGGAGUUGAAUCAUUCAGAGGGUGUGCUGCAGGAGUGGAUUUUUGCCGUUGUAGAAUUGUUGGGCUGGGUAUGCAUAGUUUUUUUUUUUAUCUGCCGUGCCUCCCGCUGUUGUUGGGUGUCUUGUUGGCUGGAACUUUUAGACUGCUUGUCCUAGUCCGCCUACGUGAGUGACUUCGUUGCGUGCAGGCGACGGCCAAGUUGACAAGUCGUCGCCCAACAUUGUCUCUUUUCCCACCACUUUAUCCGCCUGUGCUUUCCCACUUCGACGGGCUUGCGUACCGUAAGGCCUGUUAGGCUGUGGUGUUGACGUGCUCACGACGCUAGCGCGUUAUUUUGCUCGUUGACUUUGGCCAUCGGAGUCGCCACCGCACCGCUUGGUAAAGAGGUUAAGGGUUCCUUCUGUUUGCUUCAGUCUUAACCUUGUGUUUCAGGGGGCCGGGCACGUGGCGGGUUAGUUACCCACCUUGCGUGAUUUGUGCGGAGUUUGGUGUUGUUUUUUUCGGUAAGGCGAGGGAGCGGGACGGCUGCAGGCGGCAGGGCCGUAGUGUGAAUUGGUCGAUCAGGCUGAGUACGGUCAAAGUGCAGUGCAGAUGCCAGCGAUGUCACUCUAUCGCCAGUGGAGGCAGCCAGUAGACAACACAGCAGCGCAAACACAGCAGCUCAGCACUAACAAAAGCGGUGUACACGAGCUAAACAAAUCCCUCUCUAUUUUCCCCUCUCUCUGAUAUAUAUAUAUAUAUUUGGCCAAAUUCGGAUGUCAUUUGUUGCAGGGAAGCGAGGAAGGCUAAACUGGCAGUGUUUUUCGCUUGAAAUUUCUAUUUUUUCAUUGGAAGGGAUAAGCAAGCGCGUUCUGUGCUGUACAUAAUACGGGUAUUUAUGUCUUCUUUCGAUUUGUUGGACCGAAGAGUGGUGCAUGCAUGUCUUGGUGUGUGUGCAGCAGCUACAUGUUUUUGUCCGCAUGAAGUGUCCGCAUGAACGUGUAUCCAACUUCGGGGAGUCAACGAAUAGCAACCACCCGCUGCUCUCUCGUGUUUUGUAUGCGUGCUCUUUGGGAGUAUAGUCGAACACCCACAAGUGGCCUGGACUCAAAAGGCUAUUGAAGGUUGUUGGUGCUAGUGUGGGUGGGGGCUAGUUCUAAGUAGGAACCCUGCGUGUUGGUGUGCAUAACACAGUUUUUUCCAGAUAGUAGAUUUUGCUUCGGGUGGCUCAAGGCCUACUGCCCCUUUUGACCUAAGAGGGUCAUAGAAUUCCGAUCAGGGUGCCAGUUCGUUGUGGAUGGUUCGAUGCCGUUCUCGCACGUUUUUAAUGUUUUCAGCUGGGCUUGAUUGUUUACGAUAGCCGUAGCUGUGGAUGCAGGCUUCUCCUAGGCUUUUUAAGACACACGGGAUCAGUUGGACAAGUACGGACAUGAGAAGGUAUUAGGCGGAGGACGGAACAAACGGUUUUUUAAUGUGAAGACAACAGCAACAACCGGAAUGGAGCUUCGUUGAACGGCGAAGUUGAGGCGCAAGAAUUAGCAGUUUAGCUACAAUUCGUGGCAGUAGCCCAUGCCUCCCAGUGUUGUCGCGAUGACUCCACCAGUGUAUAGUGCAACGAGUGACAAACGUGUGGAGGUGAAGUGCAGGAUGAGAUGUGGUAACAUUUUUGGUCAUGGCAUGAACACAGGGGGUUCGGGUUUCUCCCGAUGUUGCACAGCUGACGCUGUCCCUACUUUAGUUGGCUACAUCUAGGGAAACGUAGCAGUUAGAUGUGCUCGGUGAUCGAGUGUGGUGGGGGUCGUCGAAUUUUCUGUGUAGUGCAGACUCGCGCGCCUCCACUUCGUUGGUUGAAACUCCAUGUGAUGGCAUCAAGUCUUUUUUUUCCCUUUUGUUGGCUGUACCGCGCCACCUACGCGAAUAACUCGAGUCAUUCGUUGAGGUUGUUUUCGGAGUCUCUUACAAGUUAAGUGUGAUGAGGUGGUGGAUUCACUAUCAAGCUAAAGCGAUAGACGGA